ACAUGGCUACCGAGUCGGGCGCUAGACAAAUAGAUUUUCAAAAUGUCUGUGUUACCGACGUAAAAGAACGAAAGAAAUUCUUAGGUUAAGAUCUACAAAUUUAACGAAGAAGAUGAUUUGAGGUCCGGGAUACUUCUUGAUAUUCAUUAUGACAUGUUGGCUUAUUUUGUUAACAAUGGAUUUCCCUGGCGAGAAGAAACUCUGCUGAAGAAGGUAUUUCAAAAUGUAGUGAACGAAGUACAAGAAAGAGCUGAUGAGAUCACCAAGUGUGAGCUGAUUACUGAGUCAGUGUUGGUUCCACAAGCUAUGAGGGAUGGUGUACUUAAGAGUGUUUGGGAUGAAGAACAGAGAAUAAAACACAUUGAAGAGAUGGAACAAAAAUGCAUCCAGGAAAGAAAUGAAGUCCAACAAGCUGUCCAGCAACUGGAGCAGCAGUUUUUGGAGUUUGACUCAUCACCAGAAAACUUAUCAGCAGAAAAUUUAGCCACAAUUGUGGCUAUUAUGUUACUGCUAAAAAAAGGCUGUUGUGACAAGCACCACUAUCAGUUAUAAAAUCAAAGAAAUGCAUGAUUCUUUUGAAUUCAAGUGCAAAUGGGCCACUGUUAGUCAGGAGAAUGACAAGGGAGGAAAAAAAUCUGCAGCUUCUAGUCGUUGUUCCAAAGGAAAUUCUGGAAAGUAGUGAUCUCAUUGCACAAGUAUACUUUUCAGUUGUAAUUGUACUUUGGUAUAAUUUUUAACUUUCAGGCAAGUUAUUUUAGGGAUAAUUUCCCAUCUUUAUUUAUCAUUUUAUUGACAUUAUGCUCUAAUUAUGUGUAGCUUUAUGGACUCAGAGUUAACUUUUCUUCUUUUCAAACUUAUGAUUGAUAAUACUUUAAAUUUCAGAUGAACCUCUAUUAAAACAUCCACUGAAUUUUUCUUUCCUUUUGCAUGACAUUAUAUUGUUGGGUUGUUGAUUCUUAGAAGAAAAUGUGCAUAUGCAAAGGCUCAGAAAAUUUGUCCACAACAAAAUGAACAUUUUUGGCAUCACCUGGCAUUUCUAAACAAAUGGAGAUAUUUCUCCAAACAGGUUGAAAUAAGGUUUUCUGUGGAACUGAGUGGAAACUGGAAGAAGCCCUGCCCUGCAUAGGUGUCUCUGUUCAUGAGAUUUUCACUCUCAAGAUCUCAUUAGUAAUUCUCCUUACUGUUUGCCAUAUAGUUCUUGUGAUGUUAGUUUUGAGAAUUUGGUAUUGAAUCAAUUAAUAAGCUAAUUAAUAGUUUUCUUUAUUCUCAUCACUUGUCUGCUUGAUAUUGUAUUGAUAUUGUAAGGAGAAAUUCUGUCUUGGUCACAUAUGGGAG